AUGAACCCUAGAGAGAGACGGAGAGAUCAAAACGGAAAAGCUCCACCAGUUUUUCGAAAAUUUAGAUCCGGUGAGCUAAACGACACCGUUUGGAGUCAACCAGGAAAAAACGCACAAGAAGAAGAAGCGAUUCAUAUCACCUUCUCUCUUCGCAGCGCCUUCUCCCCUUCCUCCUCCGCCGCCGAUCUGUUCUCUAUCUUCUCUGGCCGUUCUUCUCCGUCGCCGGGAAGAGGAGUAGUCUACGUUUUUUGUCGGCGGUAUCUUCGCUUGGGGGUCCUUCGCCUCAAGCGCCUCGUUUUACCGUCACAAGCUGAGGCAACAUCGCGCAAGGGUUUGCAGACGCCGGAAAAGCUGGCUCACAAGAUCGGAAAAUCAAUCCGCCGUCCCGGCGCGCCGUCCAAGGCUAGGGUUUACGCCGAUGUCAACGUCGUUAGGCCCAAGGAGUACUGGGACUAUGAGUCCCUGACCGUUCAAUGGGGUGAACAGGAUGAUUAUGAGGUGGUGAGGAAGGUCGGAAGGGGCAAAUACAGUGAAGUGUUUGAGGGUGUACACACUACAGAUAAUGAAAAAUGCGUUAUCAAGAUUCUGAAGCCGGUGAAGAAGAAGAAGAUUAAGAGGGAAAUUAAGAUUCUUCAGAACCUUUGCGGCGGGCCAAAUAUCGUGAAAUUGCUAGACAUUGUUAGAGAUCAGCAGUCAAAGACUCCCAGCUUGAUAUUUGAAUAUGUGAACAACAAGGAUUUUAAAGUGCUCUAUCCAACACUUUCAGACUACGAUAUUCGAUAUUAUAUCUAUGAACUUUUGAAGGCCUUGGAUUAUUGCCACUCACGGGGAAUCAUGCACAGAGAUGUGAAGCCGCAUAAUGUAAUGAUUGAUCAUGAACAGCGAAAACUUCGUCUAAUUGACUGGGGAUUGGCAGAAUUCUAUCAUCCUGGGAAAGAGUACAAUGUUCGAGUUGCUUCAAGGUACUUUAAAGGUCCAGAGCUGCUUGUUGAUUUGCAGGAUUAUGACUAUUCUCUAGACUUGUGGAGUCUCGGAUGUAUGUUUGCUGGAAUGAUUUUCCGCAAGGAGCCAUUCUUCUAUGGCCAUGACAACUAUGACCAAUUGGUAAAAAUUGCAAAGGUACUCGGUACGGAUGAACUUAACGCCUACCUGAACAAAUACCGUAUAGAGUUGGACCCGAAUCUUGCAGCCCUUGUUGGAAGGCAUAGCCGGAAACCAUUGUCAAAGUUCAUCAACUCUGAGAACCAGCACCUGGCAGUUCCUGAGGCUGUUGAUUUUGCUGACAAGCUGCUGAGAUAUGAUCACCAAGAGAGGCCGACUGCCAAAGAAGCAAUGGCACAUCCAUAUUUCUACCCUAUAAGAAACGCAGAGAGCAACCGAACUCGCAGCCAGUGAUGAUGGCCCGAUGAAACAGCUCUCUGAUCUCACUUGGCCAAUAUAUUUUACCCCAAAAAAAACUUUUAUUACAUGGAGUCUCUCUCUCUCUCUCUCUAUUCCUAUAUGUGAUUCAUGUUUAUUUCUUCUUCUUCUUGUUGCCCUUCAAGUGUUGCUUCUGUGUCAAGAAAUGUGGAUUGUUGUUUUCCAUUGUCUUCUAUGGUGCAAAAGUUGAAACUGUCUGUUUGUUCUUCACAGCC